CCCCCAAAAAAUUAUAUUUUUUUCCAUCUUUCCUCCUCAAGACUCACUUUUCUUUAUCAGCGUCAAAUCCUUUGCGACGACUCUCACUUGGCGGCGCCAUGAGUUCCUCCUCCAAAUCUUCUCCUGAAUCGACGCCCGGUGCUGUUUCUAAAUAUCUUGCCGGCCUUCCUUCUCGUGGCCUCUUCUCCUCCACUGUCACGUCUUCAAACCUGGGCGGAAUGCGUGUAUAUACAUGUGAUCAUGAUACAUCACCCCCAGAGAACCAGCUAAUAAAGACUGACCAAAUGAACAUACUUAUAAGAUCUCUUAUGCUUAAGAAGACAAAGAAUGAGUCCAAUUCAAAGGAUGCAAAGGGAACAGUUUCAACUGAAGGUUCAAGAAAGAGGCCUAGUGAAAGAGUUGAAACUGACAAUAAAACAGCUAAAAAGAAGUCCAUAACAAAUGCCCAAGCUUCUUCUGGUGAAGGAGUUUCAAAAUCCGGUGGUGGUGGUGUUGAUAAGGAUUUGCAGAGAUUAACCGUGGAGAGACUUCGCGCACUCUUGAGGGAGAAAGGUCUAUCACAAAAAGGAAGAAAGGAUGAGCUAAUAGCACGACUGAGGGCGGCGAACAACAGCUGAGCUGAACCAUGUUAUAAUACUGGAGCAGAAAUACUGGCCACAAACUCUAAUUUAGUGUUAGGGAAGAGAAAGUGAGGAAGUGAAACUUUUUUGCAAAAAUGUUUAUGGUUUUUCUCUUGUUAUUUGGCCAUUUGUUGUCUAUUAUGAAUAUUAUUAGGUUACUUUUCUUAGACUAUUUGUGCAUGACUAUUGACAAGUGUGAAUCUAUCAUUCAUGAACAACUUUGCCAUCAUGCUUUAAAACCGGUAUUGCUUUGAUGCAAAGGUAUAAUAGAAAAUGGAGGAAAUGAUCUCUUAUCUUCUCAUUU